UUUGCAGGCAUCAUUCUCCCGUAUAAGUACUCCCCAAUCUCUGCAACUGUGUCACCAAGCCUUUCGAUCACUCUCGAGUGCCAUCUAUGGAGUUUGGAGGCUUGGUCUCUGAAGGAAGUUGGAGCUGCUUCGACUCCGAGGUGAUGACACACCUCUGCGACUCCCACCAUUUUGCUGAGGAGCAAGAUCAAGGCCUGAGCAUGGUGACGCCUGCCAUGCUCUGUUCUGAUCACAGCUCCCAUUCGUACUCUUCCUACUGGCCUCAAUACAAUUCUAGUAGUUUUCUUCCUCACGCCGACUACGGAGGCUACAGCAUUUGCACUGGUGAGGAGCAGAUCACCGCGCCAUCCUUCCCGGGGGAUCAAUUCAAUCUCGAAGUCGGAGGCUUGUUCGCGAAGCCGCCAUUUCCCCUUCUUCCCUGUGAUCACAACGCCGAGGCCACCAAGAAAAGAGUCACUACAAGUGAGCUUGAGAUGACAGGAAGCGGGGAUGGCCACACCGUCAGCCCCAACAAGAAGGCUCGGGCCGCCGCAUCGGUGCCUAAGAAGAGGAAGAAUCCACAACCCAAGAAAGCUCAGAGGACCGUUGCCACUGCCAAUGAAGAAGAAGGCAAUGGCGAGCUGAACUCACAAAGCUCCAGCUGCUACAGCUCGGAGGAGGACUGCAAUGGUUCUCAGGAGCUGCUGGGUUCUGGGAUCACAAGUUCUAGCUCGAAAGCAACAGCUGGUCGGGGUUCAUCUACCGAUCCCCAAAGCCUUUACGCGAGGAAGAGGAGAGAAAGAAUCAAUGAGAGGCUGAGGACAUUACAGAGCCUGGUUCCAAAUGGAACCAAAGUAGAUCUCAGCACGAUGCUUGAAGAAGCAGUUGAGUACGUGAAGUUCCUGCAUCUCCAAAUCAAGCUUUUGAGUUCUGAUGACCUGUGGAUGUAUGCUCCUAUCGCUUACAAUGGGAUGAGCGUCGGAUUCGAUCUAAAUAUCUCUCCAUAGAAGGAGACGGUGGUCGUCAGAAUGGAAAGCUGAAGGAAACAUGAUCGAUCAUCACUUGAGCAGAUCCCUUUAGCUGUGCUUAAAAGUUUUGUGAUGGAGAUGAUGAAAGGAAGAGUUGGGGAAUCGAUAUUACAAAACAAGCUUCUUUGUA